AGUUGGGAAAUUUAGCAAUCAUGUAGCGAUGAAUGGAAUGGCUAUUUUUCUUUAACAGCCACUAAUGUUUGAGCUGAUCAAUUUAUUCUGACUUACGUUUACUAACCCAGCAUAAUGUCGAGAGCAGCCGUUUCAAAAUCGAGGGCCGACAAGGGUGCAAAGCCCGGACCACCUGCACACACACCUGUGGUAGCCCAUGAAAUCGUGCCUGGAAAAUUUAAUGAUCAAGACUGGACAUUUAUGGUGGAAAAAGAUGGUUCUGAGGAAUUUGUAGAGGAUAUAAUUGAUGAACUUGUGGAUAAUACUUUAGAUGUUAUAUAUGAUAAUUAUGUUGGUCAACAGUUACUUCCUUUCACAGUCACUAUGGCCAAGGAUGCAAUUUUACAAAUAAUAGAAUGGCAAUUUUUAUCACGAGACGAAGGUGAGCAAGAUGUAGAAACAGAUCAAGGAUGGAUGGAAGAUGAAGAGCCUGAUCCUGCUGUAACAGAUUGUUGGGCACAGGGUUCUGUACCUAAAGCACUUGUUCCUGAAAAACCAAUGACACCUGUUGAAGAAACAAUUGAAGAAAAUGUGGAAGAAGAGGCUGCAGCAGAAGAAGUAGAAGAGGCACAGGUGGAAGAAGAAGAACCUCCAGAGCUGGCUGAUAAAGUGUCUGAUACAGAGGAGGGGCCAAAUCAAGAGGAAGUCCAAAAAACCAAAGAAGAAGAAAAGAAGAAGAAGAGGACAAAAUAUAAGCCAUACACAGGGCGAGUAAAGGCAGGGAAAGGCUUAAACCAGAUGACUGAGUCUUUGGAGCAAACAGAAAUGGCUAUGAUGUAUGAGGAGUAUGUGAAAUCACAGGAGUAUGAAGCUGCAGAGAAGGCCAGUGGACUUCUCAACAUGCCAGUCUCAUGCCACUCCAUACUUAAGGUCCAAGCUGGUCGGCCACCAGGAAACAAAGAUGUCAUGUAUGAUGAUAUGGGCAAUGUUCUGGCGGUGAUCAAACUAAAUCCUGAAAAACUACCAUCUCACAGAGUGAAGGUGAAAUACCAAGUGGUAGAUCCUGCUGUGGAGGCUGCCCAGGCUAGACUAGAGGCCAUGAGGCAUGGUCGGUACAUGAGUAGAGCAAUCCAGCGUAGACUUAAACGCAACAAAGUCGAGGAAAUCAGGCCAGAUGAAGAUUUAGAAAAUGGCUUUCAGAAAGAUAUGAAAACACCACUGCCUCCUCCACUGACGGAAACCAUGGAGAUAUCCCCUGGAGUUACAGUACGUGAGGGCGGCAGAGUAAGGAGAGGGCCAGCACGAUAUGUACGAAAGGUUGAUAAAUUCACAGAGAGCCAACAAUCCUUACGGCCAGUGGCUACCCGAACCACUGCUCCUUCUCUGGAGGUGGCUGACCUGUUAGAUCGACAAACACCAAUUCUUCGUGUGAUGCGGGACUCGCCACCACUCCCACCCAUUGUACCACACCCACCAGCACAAUCAAGAAUCCCAACGUAGUGUGCAGCCUUAAAACAUCAACAUAGAAAUACAGAACUGAUCAUACAAAAUAAUUAAAUGGAAUGGCAUGUAAGAAAAUGUUAUCAUAGCUUUGUGUAGCAGCAGUAUCAUAGUCGAUGGUGAUUUUCAGAGACUUUGUUAUUGCUAGAUAUAUCUAUCAGACAUUUUCUCUUAUAACUUCCAAAAAUCUGGUGAUCAGUCAUUUAGAUAAAAGUAUAUAUAAGUAAUGAUAUGAAAUUGUAUGGAAAAAUGUACAUAUUUGUAAAUAAAAUACUUGUAAGAUAAAGCUGUUGUCAUGCAGUUAAUUAUACGGCUCAUUAUACUGUACAUUGUAUUUUAUAUAUAAAGUCCAGUACACUUACAUAAUUAUGUUCAGAAUGUUAACUACAUUGUAUUCUUGCAGAUGUGCUAUAUUUACAUAGCAGAUAAUUCUUUACAACUAUUAAUAGUUUAUAUUACCUCUCUGUGAUAUUUUAAUACCUUAUCAAGUUGAAUGUGCUGAUAUUAGCUGCAAGUGUCAUGUUAUUUUAUGUUUUGAUAA